AAUCUUCAUGUGUUGACAGAUCUGCAUUCAUCAAUGAUAGUGAACUUAAUAUUGAAUCAUUGAUCAAGAACCUGAAGAAUGUGAUAAUGAAGAAAUUAUUUAUAUUAUAUGUGACUGAGUCUUCUGUGUCUCUCUCUGCUCUCUCUAUUUCUUUCUCUGUCACUCUCUCUCAUUCUUCUACACCUGUCUCUGUGUCUGGUUCCUCUCCUGCUACUUCUGUUCCUGUGAUUCUCACUUCUACUACUUCUGGUUUUACUGUCUCUGCUUUCAUUAUCAGCUCUUCUCAUUUCAAGAAGAUGUUGUAUAGACUUAAUGAAUCAUCUCUUUCAGUGUUUGCUCUGGCAUCAGAGGCCAUUCUGAUCAAAGAUGACAACACUGUCAAGACUACUCUCUCUCACUCUCAAGCUUCUAUCAUCACUUUCUCUCCCUCUCCCUUCUCUGUGAGAAAGGUUGUGCACACACUGA